AUGGCGAGGGUUCCACACGCCAACGCAAACCCCAAGCUUCUACGCUGGCUCAGGGGAGGCCGCCUUUACAGUCACUCGCCUUUGCCAUGCAGCGCAAGCGCGCUGGAGCCCGGACCGCGCUCGCCGAGCCUGCAGGUUCCCGACUUCCGGUUCCGAGGGGACCUCGAGGCCAGACUGAGACUAAUGGCGGCGUCCAUGAAGCAAGCAACCGGGGGAGUUGAAGAGACCGCGGCGGAAGAGGAACCGCGAGUUCUGGAACCCGGGGCCGCCCCAUUCGGAAAUUUCCCUCAUUAUUCCCGCUUCCACCCUCCAGAGCAACGGCUCCGCCUCCUGCCUCCAGAGCUGCUUCGCCGGCUCUUCCCUCAGAGUCCCGAGACAAGGCCGAUCCUGGGGCUCGACGUGGGGUGUAACUCCGGGGAUCUGAGUGUGGCUCUAUACAAACAUUUCCUUUCCCUACAUGAUGGGGAGACCUGCUCAGAUGCCUCAAGAGAACUCCAUCUCCUCUGCUGCGACAUAGAUCCAGUCCUGGUGGAACGAGCUGAAAAAGAAUGCCCUUUUCCUGAUGGCUUGACCUUUGUCACCCUGGACUUCAUGAAUCACAGGACCCGGAAAGUUCUCUUGAGCUCUUUCUUAAGCCAGUUUGGACGCUCAGUUUUUGAUAUUGGCUUCUGCAUGUCAAUAACCAUGUGGAUUCAUCUGAACCAUGGGGACCAAGGCCUUUGGGAGUUCCUGGCCCACCUUUCUUCCCUGUGCUGCUACCUCCUUGUGGAACCACAGCCCUGGAAGUGUUAUCGGGCAGCUGCAAGGCGUCUCCGGAAGCUGGGCCUUCAUGAUUUUGAUCACUUCCGCUCCCUAGCUAUCCGAGGUGAUAUGGCUAAUCAGAUUGUGCAGAUCUUGACCCAGGACCAUGGCAUGGAAUUAGUGUGCUGCUUCGGCAACACCAGUUGGGACCGAAGCCUUCUGCUCUUCAGGGCAAAACAAGCCACAGAGACUCAUCCGAUCCCUGAAUCACUGAUAGAAGAAGGGAAAGAAAGGAACAGAAUAAGAUUCUGGAGACAAUGAGAUGGGAGGGAGGAUAGAGAUAUUGAAAGGGUUUUAUACAAAGAAUUAAGUUCAUUCUCCUUAACUCCUGAUAGUUAGGCAGCUUUAAAACUUGGCAGAAGCUUUUUAAAUGUCCAGGACAUGCAAUUAAAAGAAUCAGUAUCUUCCUCAUCUGGGGGGAAGAUCCCUGAGGAGAAUAUACCUGUGGGGCAAUGAUCUGUCCUAUCUGGAAUGACCUAGAGAAAGUGAUCCUGGUUCUGGGAUAUGCAAGGGGCUGCUUUUGGUGGUUAUUUAGGAAGACUUAGACCAGGUUAGCCUUAGAUUGUCCCUUCCCUGGGCCCCUUAAAUCUGAUCUGCCUUCUUCAGGCUUCUUCUAGACUUACUCAUACUGUCUAUGGAAAGAAACCUCACAAUACAAUCUGGAAUGAAAAGUCACUGGCCUGGCUAAAGGAGAAGCUUUGGUAGGAAGAACAUCUUGCCAGAGCAGGUCAAGUUUCCAACAUGCCCAGGCUGAGCACAGCAGUUACAGAUACAGUACUAACCAAGAUGCAUCGGCUAGCAUUUAAAAGAUGUUUAAAAGAUUAAAUUGUGAACUCAAAAUCCAACCGGUACAAAUAAAAUGAAUGAAGUGGGAUUGUAUACAAUAUAUACAAUUAUAUUUUAUAUAUAAUAAAAGUGACUUGAGUAUG